AUGUUUUCAUCCUUCCUCAACCUCUCCAUUCCCAAGUUCGGGUUUGGAAGAGCGUCCGGCUCGCAACCCAUCAAGAUCCCUCCCGUCGAGGUCCACGAUGUCGAAGUCUCGAGCGACAAACGUGGCCGACGGCUCAAACAUCUACUGAAACUCAACCAUGCCACCUUCUCCAUCCUAUAUAACCAGCUCCGCUUCCACAACCAUACUCCUCAUAUUCUAGGGUCAGCCUACCUCCUCGGCGGCACGGCAGACCAAUUGAACGAGAUCUACGAAGACGCGGCCAGCAACGAAGGCCAUGAGCCCUGGACGGAAUCGCCGUCCGAGAUCGCACUGCACGACUACCGCGACUUUCUGGGUAAACGGGAAUACCAGCGCGCGUUCGUCGACUUCUUCGAAGACCAGCUCGUGCUGCACGGCUACGACUGGAAGGAAAUCGUGGAGCAUUUUCUGUUCGAGCGCGGCGCUCCGAAAUCCUCUGACACCGCACCGCCCAUCUUCAACUGUCUAACCGCCGGGCUGGGCCAUCCGCUGAUCCACCUUGGCUACGCCUACGAGUUGAACAGUCGCGAGGUGGCCAUGGAAGCGCUCGGGCUGGCAGCGACGUGCUACGACGGCAAACUCGCCAGAUUACUUGACGGCGACGACGGCGAGAACAGCACAUCUGACCCCCAUCCCCAACCCCAUCACCCAAGCACUCACAGUCACAGUCACACCCGCAGCCUCAGCCUCAGCCACAAUCAUAGUCACAGUGCACAAUCAACAAACCCGAACCCGAGCCCGAACCCGCCCACAACUUACCCCACCAACGACCUGUUCGAGGUCUUCGCCUGCGUCCGCGACGACAGUCGUCUCGAUGCCGCAUUCGACCACCUCGGCGGCGACAACCUGUCGCACCUCCUGUCCGACCCGACCCUCACGUCUGUCCUGUUGGAACACUGGCGCGCAUGGCAAAUCACCGAUCCGACGGCAGACUUUGCGCAGUCUCAAGCCCUGGCGGCUGCUUUGUUGAUUUCCGGCAAUUCCAACCUCAGCCCCAGCGUCGGUGGACACGACUACGGCUACGACUUCUUCCUCGUCCACCUGCUGACCACGUCCCACGCUGUGCGUGUCCUGGUGUCCUUCCUCGAUCCCCAGCACCAUCUGCCUCUGGUGCGUGAGUGGCUAUUGAUCACGCUGGCCAUCUACAUCGCGCAGCUCCGGCCGCCGGUCAAGCGCGAGUAUGUCACCGAGUACGACCUCGAGGGCCGCGACUGGGGGUUUGUCGUGCACGAAGCCCUCGAGGGGACAUAUCGCCUCGACGCACAUUUCGUCAAGGCGUGUCGUGCCCUGAAGGAAGCUGCGCGUGUGUGGGGUGAUGAUAAGGGGGAGAACUACUAUCUCAAAGCCGCGGUCCGGUUCGCCAGCGAGUUUGACGGAUGGGGUGGGUUCGGAGCCGAGGACGAGACAGAAGUCAGGGAGGUGCGGGAUUCGAAGGCCAAGGAUAAAGCCAAAGCAUAUUGA